AUGAACUGUGCGCCGAUCAUCGAGGUCGCGAAUGCUAGCGUUAUCGUAGCCAGGAGCUCCGGAAACGUCCUGGACUUCGUCUUGUUAUCUGAUACUCAGCCUGAUCAGAAUGCAUGGGAGUACGCCUGGGAUAUUGUGUAUCCUGAACCAACACGAAACGAUGCUGAUGGAAAUGUUAGUUACGGUCAUUUGUUCAUGACCCAGCUUCUCACAGCUCCGUAUGUCAUCGCUCCAAGAAGGGCACACUCUUGGCUCUCAUACAACAAGAGCAUUGAGGAAACAGAAAGCGAGCGCUUCAACAUCCGCGACCGCGACCGCGGUCUCAAUGUCGACUUCAUGUCCUACGCAAACUGGCACCUUACCAACAAGAACUCAGAUGCACUGCUAAACACAACCACACUAUUCUGGCACUCCGAAAAGACCUUGCAGACCUUCUUCAAGCACUUUGCUCACUCUGGAUCAUCGCAACUUGGUGGUUACCGUUCAGCUGAUGAUUCUGGGAGAGCGGUUUAUAAGAAUGCCCUUGACUGGCAAGAUGGUGUUAUUAACGCAACGUUCACGGAACGUUUCGAAGUCCUGGUCAUGAAUGAGGUUGCUACCUGGAUCUCUCUGACCAUUCUCAUUUUGCUCAUAAUCAUCCUGAUUGUUCUCAUCGUGAGCUUGCAGAUCGUGUAUCCAAGCUCAUCUCUGCAGCACCCUAUAGAGUGCUUGGCAGACGUACUUACCAUGGUUGCUGGGAGCGAUGGUCUAAUUAGUCUAAUCGAAGAGCAGGGCGUUGAAGGUUUCGCCAACAGUGACAAAAUGACGAGAUUAGGUUGGUUCAAGGAUCGGAAGGGAGAUGUCAGAUGGGGUGUUGAGCUCGUAGAUGCGGAGGGUAUCGAAUGGGUUGAUGGGCCUGAGGCAGCUAGGCCGGAUGAAGUUGGUGACGAAGAGUCAUCGGUCGGAAGCAGAGGAGUGGCUGAUACGAACAGCUCACUUCUGGAAGGUGAGCGGAGGCCGCUUUCUCCGCAAUAUUCCGCUCAAGAGCAAGAAGCAGAAUCGAUGUUGGAACAGCAGAGCCACUCAACGUAG